AUGAAACCAUCAGAUACUUCUAGAGAUUCUCCCAGUCAAGAUAAAUCGCAUAGUCCCAUCUGUAUGCCCGAUAUACCACUCCCAACACCUCCACCAAUGGCUAACAUAAUGAUGACAUCUCGUUUCGAUCUUCAAACCAGAGGGGGUUGUGGUUACCGUAGGAUUUUAAGCUCCAGAAGCACUGAGUUUCGGUCCCCGUUGCUUGGAAGAUCUAGUUUUGCUCAAAUUCAGGAAACGCGAAGUCCAUUAAUGCCAGUAAGGAAGGUGAGCAGUAUAAGCGAAAAAUUGGCACUAUCUCCUUUGCCGAGGCAUCGAAAUUUCGAAGAUCUUUCAAAGAAUGUAGACGAGCGUUUUAAUUUGAGUCUGUCCGAUUUGUGUUUUCAACGAAGCAAGUACCUUUCAAGAGACUCAGUACUGUCAGAAGAAAUGGAGGAGGUACAAAUGGUAUCAAGGGAGCUAUCAUCAAAGUUUAAUCAACCAUCUACAGAAAACAUAUCACCAGAGUACCAAAGUGUCUUCUUCAACGACCAUUACAUAUCAGACAUCGACGAAAAUGAAGAGAUCAAAGAGUUUAUAUGCGGUUAUAAAACUCCGGAGAGAAGACUUUCGGAUAAUUCGGAGAAAACUUAUAAAUCUUUCGAAAGAACAUUUAGCUGUAACACGUUACCCUCAUUAAGUUCCUUACGAACAAACAAAAAAGUUAGUGGACCAGUGAAUAGUUUCGGUAGUACCAGUUCUAUGAAAAGUUCUGAUUAUUUGUGUAGUCCUUUGGCGGUGAGAAAAAUUGACCAGUUUGACCAAAGGAGUGUGUUUAAGAGCCCUCAAAGGACUAUUGUUAAGAUCGCCAAAGUCAGCAACGGCAAGGCUCAGGGUUCUAGAUUGUUAAAACCAUAA